UCAGGAAGUGAUGAGUUUUACUGGUAUCGACAAAAUCCAGGAAAACCACCAGAGUUCCUGAUCUCUCAUUUAGGAUCAGGAUCUAUUGGAACAGAAAAAGUCAGCGGACUGAAGAUUGAAGUGAAGGAUAAAGACAUUAAAAUGCAGAUCUCCUCUGCUGCAGUGACAGACUCUGCUGCGUACUACUGUGCUGUGAGGCCCACAGUGACAGGAAACAGCACAACUCUGUACAAAAACCUCUGGAACAAAGACAAAACAAUACUCCACAACAUCCACCAGAGGGACUCACACACUUGUAAAGGACAAGACACAGUGACCCAGCAAACAGGAGAUGUUACUGCUGCUGAAGGAGGCUCAGUCACACUCAGCUGUACUUUCAGCACGAGUGAUAAAUAUCCUUAUUUAUUUUGGUACAAACAAGAAGCAAACAGCUCUCCAAAGUACAUGCUGAAACGAUACCCAAGCAAAGCAUCAAAAGAAGAUAAUGCUCCGGAGUUUAGGGAUGAAAGAUUUGAUGCUGAGCUGAGCGAUAAAUCAGUUCCUCUGAGGAUCCAGAAGCUGCAUGUGUCUGACUCUGCUGUGUACUACUGUGCUCUGCAGCCCACAGUGACAGGAAACAGCACAACUCUGUACAAAAACCUCUGGAGCAAAGACAACACAAUACUCCACAACAUCCACCAGAGGGCCUCACACUCUGUUUCACCUCUACAAGGAGCAGAGAGAAGAGAAAGUACAGAUCAGAGAGGAGACGGAGAGAUUCAGGGAGGAGCUGAGCUGCUUCUGAACUGUAGAAGAGACACAAAGUUCCACAUUCACCACAGUUCAACACACAAAGCACAAACAUCAACUUUAUCCAGCAUGGACUAUUACGUACUUUCUCUACUUAUCAUCAAGAUUCUCACAGGUGUCAGCUGUGAAAAACUGUCUGCAGAGGAGAAGGAAGUGUCAACUUUAGAAGGCAGCUCUGUUACUCUGUCCUACAAAUAUGACCAAAAAGCAACCAUCAAUGAGUAUUUCUACUGGUACCGACAAUAUCCAGGAAAACCACCAGAGUUCCUGAUCUCUCAUUAUGGAACAGGAAAAGAAAUAUCAGAUCCAGUUGAUGGACUGUCUUAUAAAGUGAGUGAAGAUAAAACACAGAUGGAUCUGCAGAUCUCCUCUGCUGCAGUGACAGACUCUGCUGUGUACUACUGUGCUGUGAGGCCCACAGUGACAGGAAACAGCACAACUCGGAUCCUC